UUCGAAAAAAAGAAAAGAAUCAAAACUAACAUAAGUGAAGAAAUAGACAUUUUUUAUUUUGUGACCCAAGUGUUGUCUAAACCAAUAUUAUUAACUUUUUAAUAGAAAAUGUCCGCUUAUUUAUUUUAUACGUUAAUUUAUUGUUUAAUAUCUGGUUGCAUUAUUUAUCCACCAGUGGAAUUUGUUUCUGCUGGUUUAACAAUAAAAUCAUUAUUUGCAAGUUGGUUGGGUAGUGAAACUGAAUCUUUUAUAAAUUAUCAUAUUAAGAGAAGUGUUUUUACAUUAUUCAUACAUUCAUUAUUGCCAUUUGGAUAUAUUUUAGGUUUGAUAUUAUUUAAUCAUGUUGAUGCAAACAAAAUACAAUUGUUCUAUCAAAAUCCUCUAUGGUUAACUGUUGUCAUUGCUACUAUAGUAGGACCGGCAUAUGUUUUGUAUAAAAUUUUUAAAUGGUCUAAGAAUGAUUGGAAGAUGCAUCCGAUAGUACAAAACCUUUUAAUUUAUACUGAUAAUUAUGCCAAUUGGAAGGCUGUUGCAUCUGAAAUUGAUAUAGAAUACAGAAGAAUAGAUAAAAUCAUAAUUGAUACAAAUAGCAUCACUAGAGUUGUUGUAACAGAUAAUUGGAUAAUUAAAAUAACUUCUUAUAAACUGUACAUUGCACAACACAACGAUACUGCUUUAAUAAUAAGCAGAAGUGAUUCUCAUGCACUGUCUCCUUCAUUUAGGGGCGAAAUCCAGUUUAUUAAUAUAGAGGUAAAACCUACCAGAGAAGGAGCAGAAUAUUUUGAUAUAAGAAUAAGUACAUUUGCCUUCAAAGAUUUGCAAGAUAAAGUACAACAGCAAAUUGUCAUUUUAAAAGAUGUUCCUUUUCAUAGAACACUGUUGGAUAGAUUUAUUGAUGUCUUUAAAGAACAAGCAGCAGAAAAUCCUAUUUAUGAAACUGCAAUGGAAUUAGAGAAUUGUAUGGGUUGUAUGCAAGUAAAAUCUAAUGUUAAGUUAAAUAAACAUUGUGGAAAUAUUACUGAAGGACCAAGUAAUGAUGAAUGUACAACUUGUCAUUGUCGGCCAAUGUGGUGUAUUGAAUGUAUGGCAAAAUGGUUUGCAUCCAGGCAAAAUGAAAAUACACCAGAAAUAUGGUUGUCUUCCAAAUGUACUUGCCCUGCAUGCAGGGCAAAAUUUUGUAUCUUGGAUGUAUGUCCUGUACGAAAUAUUGACACAUAAAUUAUAAUCAUAAAAAUAUAUUAGAACAAUUCUAUAUUCUUUCAUAAACAGAUAUAUUUUAAAAUUUAUAAUUUUAUAUGAUAAAGAUACAUUUCUUAAUUAAAAAAGUAAAUAAUUGAGAUAUGUGGGUAUACAUGCGAUUUUGAAAUUUGGAUUAAGAAAAAUC